AUUGGGGUUUUUGGUGUAGAUCUGGCAACCUUCAUGACAGGCUUGCUAAGCGCAGAGCAUCGAAGCUGCAGUUAUAGUCCCUAAAUACAAAUAAAACACUUAAGAUUUCUGCAGAGAAGAAUUAUAAACCUGUAUAAACAGAUACUAGAGUUAUUUUAAGUAAUCGGAGCCAUGUCGUCACCGGGCGGACAGGGAGGAGCUUUAUCUAAAGCUACAGGAGCAAAGAGGAUGAAAUGGGCUCUGGAGCUGAGUCUGGCCAACACCAGGACACGAGGAGACAGGCAGCUUAAGGAUGGAGAAGUGAUGUAUCCUGUGGGUUACUCGGAUAAACCAGUCCCCGACACCAGCGUUCAGGAAGCAGACCGCAACCUGGUGGAGAAGAGAUGCUGGGAUGUAGCCCUUGGUCCUCUGAAGCAAAUCCCCAUGAAUCUGUUCAUCAUGUACAUGUCUGGCAACACUAUUUCUAUCUUCCCCAUCAUGAUGGUGUGUAUGAUGGCGUGGAGGCCCAUUCAGGCGCUCAUGUCCAUGUCUGCCACCUUUAAACUGCUGGAGAGUUCAAGUCAGCAGUGGCUCCAGGGUUUGGUCUACCUGAUCGGCAACUUGCUCGGCUCAGCGCUGGCCAUCUACAAGUGUCAGUCAAUGGGUCUCCUCCCGACGCAUUCCUCUGAUUGGCUCGCCUUUAUUGAACCUCCACAGAGGUUGGAGAUAAUGGGUGGAGGAUUGGUCCUGUGAGCCUUCAAAACCUCUUGUACACAUUUACACACACAAACCUUUUCCCUGUUUAACACAAUUUCAUUAAUUUAUGUAUGUUAUGAGUUAGAUCUCCUUUGUCUUUGUUUCAUGCUUCUGCUACAUAUAACAAUGUCUUUACAAAAUGAGAUUUAAUAAAUGUAUUUCAGAGUUCUUUUGACUUAAAAACGUUAGCGUAUUGUCUCUGUGUCAGAUAAAAACCUGUUCGAGGGGGAAAACAGUUACUGACUAUUGUGAAUGAAAGCAGUAAAUGUGUCUCGUGUCCACUCCCGUACCUGAGAAGCUGCGUCAUUCUCAUGAAUCUUUAGUUAGAUCCUGUUGGAGCUAUGUCUCCGACACUGUGACACUUUAGCAAAGUGUUUGAGUUAAUUACUUGUUAGAAUGAAUUCUAAUACUCCUUAUUAAACAAAUUAGCAAUUGUGAUACAUCCCACAUGACUGUAAGUACUGUGUGUAGUCCUGAAGAAUCCUGUUUAUUUUAAAGGUCAAAUAAAAAAUAUAUAUAUUGUUCUGAAAUGUCA